AUGUGCGCCCUGCGUCUCCCUUGGAGUCAGGCAGAAGGAGAGCUUUCCUACAUCAAUAUGCUCGCAGCUUCGGUGCGUGCGUCCGGAGGCUCUGCUCGAGAUUCAAAGGCUACUGCGCCCCCGCCGAAGGCUACUCUCACAACAGCGCCUCCGGAGCUACUCGCCCGGAUAGAGGAGUACCUGGACAAAGACUCGCUUCUGGCCUACAUUGGCUGCUGCAAGAGCAUGCGUACAAUAGGCGUACGGACACUGCUCCUCGCAUAUCCUGUGGUUUUGAAAACUCCCGUUAACGUUGAAUCGUUCUGCGACUUCAUGCACGCAGAUCUACCUCACCGCAAACCUUUUCUGCGUUCUUUCACCCUGGACACACCCUUUCCUUCCUCUGAGAUUGUGCUCAGCUUACGUGGAAGGCUGGCGCAUAUCCUACUCAACGCGUCAAUGCUGUCAUACCUCGCAUUCGGGAGAUGUCUGAAGGACAUCGUGGAACAUUCGCCUGCAUUGUUCAGCGCCAUUCAAUGGUUGCCGUCGCUCACGACCUUGAAGAUGAAGACCGAAUCUGGGUCAUGGCCUUACGUUAUUCUCCGACUACAGGCCGCGCCGCUAAAGGAAGUCGAUAUGGGAUACCUCGCUAUUGAUGCACCCGACGCUUUCGGCAAGCAUGCGGCCACUUUACGAUCUUUGACAAUAGGCGCUCGCUCCAUCACAACCGCGUUAGGCAGUACAGCAUAUGCCAACAUGACGUCUUUCUGUUGGACCGGCGCAACCGAAUCGGGCGCUUGGGAUAUCGCCGCGAUGAUAGGCUUAUUUCCCAAUCUUGUCAAGUUGUCGGCGUGGAUGAGGGUCAGAUCGAGCGGCUCCGCGCUCACCAUGUUUAUCAAUAGUCUGAGCACGAUGUCGUUUCCAUACCAGGCCAUUCGAGCAGAGAACAUGGAGAAGCAGUCGAAGAAGCGAUGGUCGCGCCUUCGACGCUUGUUUGGCGACCCGAACUCGUUGUAUAUCUUGCCGCUUGACUGCGAGCUGGACAUCAUCUCAAUCACGGACCGGUUGGAGCUGUGGGACUGCACAGAGCACAUUCACGACAUUGUCAGAGACAUUCGUCAUCCUGUGGGCACCCUUCAUCUGAGGUACUGCCCCGCCUGGGAGCCUACCCUGGCGGAGAACCUCGGCACAUUACCACCGGACGCUCUCCCAGAGAAGAGCGCUCAUAUCAUCAACCUCUUCGUUGUCGAGCUGUUCAUCCCGAGCGAUGCAACCAGCCAAAAGUUGUGGGACAUUGCGGCUGCUUGGCCAGUUCUGAUAGGAAGAGUAGCGCCUCAGAAGGUGCUGUUGCAUGUUCACGUAGUGCGAUGCCCUCAGGCAGGAGGCACGUUUCCUACAGCGGCCGAGAUGUACGUCGAGGAGGGUGGGAUCCUUAGUUUAGGUCGGGUCAUCGCCGAAGCAUCAAAAGCGACGAGCACGAUCUAUACCAUGACUUCGUGGCACGGAGGCCAUCGGGUUGAAGGCUGGACAAACGUAGGGGGCUUGGGCUCCGAACCGGUGGUUGUUAAACUUUCUGAUGCAAAACGUGUCUACAAGAUGGAGAAGGAAGUAGAUGGUAUACUGUUCAGCCUAGCUUGA